AUGUCAAUGCUUAGCCGUUAUGCUUUGAACAUUUUUGCUUAUAGGAUGAACAUUACAAACAAGAUUGAGACGUGUGGAAUAUCAUCAACAGUCGAAGAAGAAGCAACAGCUUAUUCUGUAGAGCAGCAUCAUAUUUCAACCAUGAAUCCCAGUCAUCAAGAAGAAGCUGACAGCGGCAGUGACGGCUAUAACAACGAAGAAGAGCUGUCAAACACACAUACGGCUUCCCGAUGGAGAAGGGACGACGGUAUUCUGAUUGCAGAAAACACACUCCAUAUUCUCAAAAGUGGAUGGUACGAUGCUGUUGAUAAUACACGCGUUGUGGUUUCACAGGAUGUCAAAUUCGCUGUGACAAACACCGUUUUGUAUCCGUUUGAUGCGUUUAAUUUAAAGGCGACGGCAGCACCAUAUAUCAACUCCAGCACAGUCUUGCAUGUCACUCAUUGCACCACACUUCAAGCUGCCAGGUCGCUGUCAUCCCAGGGAUUUGAUGUAGGAGUGCUGAAUUUUGCAUCGGCUAAAAAUCCAGGGGGAGGAUUUCUCAGAGGUGCUAAUGCUCAGGAAGAAAGCAUCGCACGUUCAAGUGCGUUGUAUUGGUGCAUCAGUCAAGACAGCACCCUCUCAUACUAUCAGCGCAACCGAAAUGACAGAUUGUGUUUGUACACUCAUACGAUGAUUUACUCGCCGCGUGUGCCAAUUCUGAAAAACGAUGUCGGUACUCUCUUAUUACGUCCCUACUACUGUGGUAUCGUCACAUGUCCAGCUCCGAAUGCUGGUGUCGCAUCCAAGCGUCAUAGGAAUUGGGCUUGGAUGGUGCGCGAUGAAAUGGACGAACGCAUUCGCCGGAUUCUUUUGGUCUUCCAGACGCAUAUGCACGAUGCCUUGGUCUUGGGCGCCUGGGGAUGCGGCGUCUUCCAAUGUGAUCCGUAUAUGGUGGCGGCGCUUUUCAAAAGACAUUUGAAAUCGCCAGCGUUCAAAAAUUCUUUCAAACACAUUACAUUUGCCAUUUUAGAUGAAAAAAUGUGCGCCGUUUUCAAUGAGGUCUUUGCCGAUACAGAGCCCAUUGAGAACUUACUACAAGAAAUCGCUCAAAGAUCCGAGCGGACGCGACGCUCCAAAGUAAAAGAUAAAGUUAGUAUCGAAGCUGCAAAAUUAUUGGUUCGUGGUGCCGUAUCCGGCGCAAUAUGCGAUUGUAAGACUAAAUGUGGGAUGAAACAUUGUCCCUGUAAAAAAGUAGGAGUGCCAUGCUCAACAAAACGUCAUGUUAAACAGCGUGGAUGUUUGAAUUCAACUUAA